AUGAAAUACACCCAAGACAAGCGGGGGUUUUGGUUAAUAGUCAAUUACCGCAAACAAAAAUAUUUUGGAUUUUUAGACGAAGGAAUAUUAGGAAAAGCGAUAAACGACAAUCAGACCCACGAAACUUUGUUAAAAAUAGUGGAAAAUAUUGCAGAAAAGAUAAAGAAAAAAUUGGCAGAAAGUAAUUUUGAGUAUGGCGGAAAAGGACAAAGUAUUAAAGAAAUUGUGCCGUAUUUUCAAAGUUAUAGUAAUAGUUAUUGGGAACCAAUGAUCGGAGGCGACUACCCAAAAACACUUAUCAGACAAUUAGAAAGACAUAAACGAAACCAUAGCGAGGAGUAUUAUUAUAAGAUUAGAGAUCAAUUAAACCGAGUGAAGUUGACAGGAAAUAACCCGCCGAAUGUAAAUAAUGCGGGAAUGUUCUUAUAUCUUAACAAGGCGGGAUUUAACGGGUUAUAUAGAGAAAACGGCAAAGGUCUCAUUAAUGUUCCUCACGGACAUAAAGAAAAGGUUGCGUUAUUUACCCAGCGAAAUAUAACUGAAAUAAGCGAAUAUUUACGAACUAACAACAUUACGAUCAUUUGCCAAGAUUACGCGGAAAUUAGACCUCAAAAAGGCGAUUUUGUUUAUUUAGAUCCCCCAUAUGACGGGACUUAUAACGAUUAUACUGCCCGCGACUUUUGCCAAUUACGACUUAAAGAAUAUUGCGAUGUUUUGAACCGAGAAGGGAUUAAGUGA